AUGCUCGCCUCUCUGCUUCGACCCAAGAAACUGCGGCGCGAGUACGCGCAGCGCUCUCAGUUCUCUCCUCCCUACAGCGCUCGCAAAUCGCUAUGGCUCUCUCUUAACGGAAAAGCGGGUGUAGACCGGCGAGCAGGGUAUGAAACACUUGAUCAACACGAGACGGACGAGGAAGAUGUGGAUGUGGAUGAGGAGGAGGAGGAGGAGGAUGACGACGACGACGCUGAUGGAGAAGACGACGACGGUCCGAUCGAGGCAACGCCUCUUCUUCCGAUCUUCUCUGCUCCUCAUCUCGAUAUCCUUCCAGUCUACGAUGUUACCCAUGCCAUUCGCUCGCUGAUCAUUUCACGCUGCGAAACCACCUUAACAUGGGACCAACUACGCUCGCCACAAAUCUCCCAAUUCUUGGUGAAGCCUAUCCAGCAGAAAAUCACGGCAUUGCAUUUCUCCAGAGCCACAUUGUAUGCUCUCAUGACCAAUUGCCUCCAGUUCAACCGGGAAGUCCAUCUGAAUCCCGGCAACAGUGGCACAAACCAGACCAGGGCCAUGGUAAGCGAACUUCUCGCUAUCAAGUUGCUAAGAGAGUACACCACCCGAGAGUUGAUUGAUGCGCUAUCCUAUGAUUUCUACCCCCUCCAGGGUCAAACGCCCACAGAAAAUGGCGCCCCCGAACGCGUCCCUGGUUGGAGCUAUGCGGCACAAUCCAAACGAUUGCGUGGGGUAGCUCGCAUCUCUUGUCUCGAAAUCGCCAUUCGUGCCCAAGCGAAACGGUUUCUCUCUCACCCCCUUGUGGUGAAACAAUUGGAGGCGAUCUGGGCAGGCACCGUUGUUUUCCAUUCAGCCGCUGAUAGUCUGCAUCGUCCAUUGGUGCAACCCCAUUCCAAUCCACGACCCUCUUACGGCGCUGCGGCUGCCAAUCGUAGCCCGUCAAUGGUAUCAGACAAAAAGACCUGGCCUGAAAUGUCUGGUUUUCGACGAUCAGUGACGCUCUAUGACCCACGAGAUGCGUCCUUAUUCAAGCUUUCCCGACUGAGGGUGCCUCGGUAUCGACAAUUUCUCUCAACCCUGUCAUUUGCCGUCCUACUGGGGCUCUUCCUAGCCGUUCUGCAUCAACGAAGCAUGGAAAUCACCCCGCUGGAAAUCGUGUUCUGGUUCUGGAGCGCUGGCUUCAUGCUGGAUGAGAUUGUCGGCUUCAACGAGCAAGGUUUCAGUCUCUACCUGAUGAGCUUCUGGAAUCUCUUUGACCUUGGAAUCUUAUUUCUUUUAUUUUGCUAUUAUUGUAUGCGGCUUUACGGUGCUCUGAUGCCCUAUGCGUACAAGGAGACGAUUGCGGAAAGAGCCUACGAUAUACUGGCGGCGAAUGCGGUUCUCUUAUUCCCUCGACUUUUCUCGGUUCUAGAUCAUUAUCGUUACUUUUCUCAACUCCUCAUUGCAUUUCGGAUUAUGGCGUCUGAUCUGGUGGCUGUCUUUCUGCUUAUCAUUAUUGCCUGCAGUGGAUUCUUUGUGGCCUUCACCUCAUCCUUCAGCAAUAACCAAGAUCAAUCCCCAAGCUCUGUGGCCUACGCCCUAUUCCAGAUGUUAAUGGGAUUCACCCCGGCUGCGUGGACCCUCUGGGACGAGUAUAACGUCUUGGGAAGGGCUAUCCUAACCAUAUUCCUCUUCAUCUGUCAUUUUGUCGUUGUCACCAUUCUUAUUACUGUCCUCACCAAUUCCUUCAUGGGCAUCGUACAAAACGCCAACCAAGAACAUCAGUUUUUAUUUGCCGUCAACACGAUUUCGAUGGUCAAAUCAGAUGCCCUUUUCUCUUAUGUCGCACCAACCAACAUUCUUGCUUGGCUAAUUACGCCUCUUCGAUACCUCAUCCCUUUCAAACAAUACGUCAAGGUCAAUCGCACGAUCAUCAAGAUCACACAUCUGCCCAUCUUGUUCACCAUCUGCCUUUAUGAGAAGACGAUCCUUGGCUCCCAGAUGAUUGAAUCCACUGACCUCAUUGACUCGCCUAUUCGAUCUGAAGUGGGAGGCGAGAACCGCGGCGCUCAUCCUCGAUUCAGAGCUUUGAGCUCCCGAGCGCCUCGCUUUGUUCGGGAGCCAUCAGUGGCUACCUAUCAAAAGGAUCGUGCCCUGGAAGAAGUAUUUCGGCGGCCUUUUCAUGGAGAUACAAAUAGAGGCCCCGUCAGAAAUAUCGCCAGCCGGAAAAGCAAUAAUAUCGUCGAUAAUUGGAUGGAAGCUAUGGAAUCGGGGCCGGUCAAUCCGCCCGAUGAACAAGACUCGGAUGAAGUGUAUCGACUGGAACGAUUGCCUAGAAGCCGUUUCCCUUUCCGGGCACGGCGUGCUCGCAGUCUGCGCAACUUUCCGGAGUUCAACCUCUCAGCUAUUACCUCUAAUCACGAAGAUCGCAUACGCCACGCCACAUCCUCCCCCGUUACCCCUCGCGACAGAAGAGGGUUCGUUACCCCUACGAUAAGAAGGAAGUUAUCACGGCAUACGGACAUCGAAGGAGAUAAUGAACUUACGAGUGGCGACAAUGAAGACGGGGCCGAGCAGCAGGAGAGUGCGGGAGAUGGUGACAGUGGUGUUCCCGCGACUACGACUCCAGGAAAGAGCACGCCGAAAUUCUACAGCUCUCGACCAUCUACAGCAAGACGCAAGUCCCGCAAGAACAGUCCAACUCGACGCCCUCAUUAUCAUUCACGAAACCCGUCUGGGGCCACCAUCUUGUACAAUCCUCUCUUAUCACCAAGUCAUGAUGAAGACACGGAUGUCACAUCGAGUUCUGCCGGUCCCAUGCCUGUGCCAGGUAUUGGCGACACUCUCGGCCCUGGCUCAUGGCAUCACGCAACCUCCAUUCUUGACGGUCUUGGUUCAGACUUGGGUGAUAACAAGGCAAUUGCCAAUGGGUUUACUGGGGAUGUGCCUUCAAGCUUUACUACGCAGAUGGCGUACGCCACAGGAGGCAUUCGACGAGGAAGAAGCCCACAAGGGAGCCAGGAUAUACUCAGCAAGCUGGUUCUGGCCCGGAUGAAUAAUAUCGAAGAAGGAUUUCGUGAAGUGAUCAAGGAGGUUAAAGACCUUCGUCGCACCGGAUCCAGCCGCAAUGAAAGCCAAGUCGAUGAGCAGCGCAGUGGCCAGCGGGAGAAGAGACGAACGGAUAAGAAAGACGGAAAGAAGAAAGCCCCUAGCUCUCGGCGAAGCAAGAUCAGCAGCGAUGGGAUGCGAGCAGGCGAGACGACUUAUGACUUGCAUGAACAGGAUAUAGAUCAACAAAAUCACGCAUAA